CCCUCUGACCACCCUUAAAUGCAGGGAGGACUCCUCAGUCCCCUGCCAGCGCCCACCGUCCUCCCUGUUUAUGUUUUAAAAACGCCAUCGGGGACAGAGAGGUGGUGACGUUCACCGUAAGGAGCCGUCAGUCCCUUUUUUUUAUUGGAGGAAAACUCUUAAUCAUCUAGGGACGCACUCUGCUUUUCCUGACCCAAAGCCCCCGUUUGUCUGAGACUCGGCUGAUUCUCCUGACAUGAGUUCUUGGCUGAACAUCCACAGAGAGUCCGUCCAGUAUGUGCAUGGGUAUAUUUAAAAGCAGAGGCAAGCAGAAGCUGAUAGACCACCACCUACAUCACAACAUGGCAUCUUCCAUCCCAGCGCUCCCCCAGUCCUACUCUCCACGGACUGAUAGCGUCUUCUCUGACCUGUCUGGGUUUUUUUCUAUGGACUCCAACGUGCCUGGACUCUCUAAAAUGAUUCUCAACAAGCUCAACAUGAAGGAUUACAGCGAAUACAGGGCCGCCGUGGAGGGGAAGAGCAGAGGGCUCGCGUUCCGCAACUACAAGGAGAUGUUCCAGAAGAUGGAGGACACCUUUAAGUUCUGCACCGGCUGCAGCAAACUGCCGGAGCAUCUCGGCGAGGGCGAGAGCCUGAGGCGCUGCGUGAAGUGCCUGAACGUGUACUAUUGCACCAAAGACUGUCAGAGAAAAGACUGGCCUCAGCAUAAGAAGGUCUGCAAGACGCUGCGUCUGGUGGCCAUCGACAGACUGGUGGAGUGGCUGAUGUUCACUGGAGACCUCCCGUUCGCCACGGAGAAGUGGACCCGGUCUGCUGCCGAGGUGAGGAGCUGGGACGACUGGGUCCCCAUGCAGGGGGACCUCACGCCGCGGCUGGACGCCAUUUUGUCCGGCCCCAGCUCAACGGCCCUCUGGAGGAACGUCAGCAGGCCUCGACCCGACGCCGCCGACCUGCGGCGGUCCCUGUGGCGGGUCCAGAGCGAGUUCCUGUCCCGCGUCCUGACGGUUGGGACGGCGGUGCAGCACUUUGGCCUGGACCCGCGCGCUAAGCCGCUGACUAUUCACGUAGCAGGCGCGUCCCACAGUGAGACCAUGGGCGCCAGGGCGAGUGACUACGACGAGCUGAACCGCAUGUUCCCGGGACACGAGGGGGUGGAGGUCGUCAUGGUGGGACCGGAGGUGGUGGACGGCCCCGUGAUGAGACCCCCCCUCAGGGCGCUGGGCCCCAGACAGAGGGUCUACAUCAGCGCCCACAAGGCCCUCUACCAUCAGUUCUGGGAGGAUGUGGUGGAGAAGGAGGAGGCGGCCCGGCCGGAUCUGGUGGUUGGAUUUCACCCAGGCUUCCACGCUAACCAGGGUCUGCUCCAGGGUUGGCUGCCCACCCUCCUGCUGCUCAGAGACUACAACAUCCCUUCCUUCUUCACCAUGUACAGCGAGCAGGAGCUGAAGCGCUCGCUGCAGAUCCUGCAGGAGCUGGAGAUGCGCGUCAGGGACAGCGGGUCCAACCCGUUCGCCUCACAGAAACCGGAGCAGGUCCAGUCGUGUCCCAACAAACCCCCCGUCUACUGCAACUCUCACUAUGUCUGCUUCCAGGGACUGCUGCCACGAGAAGACUUUGAGGAGCCGGACGUGGACAAUUGAGGGAUUUAAAUGGAGAAUACCGGGCUCAGGAUUGGCCUGUUGUGUUGUGACCUGUCCACUGUGGACCUUACGCUGUCACAUGACAGAGAGCGGGGUUAUUCAAAAAAGCACAGUAGCACCUUGAGCUGCGAUAUUGUAGUUUAAUGAGACGUAUCAAAGGAGCCGCUCGACGCUCAUUUUGUGGGAUGAGCACCUGAGGGCGCCGGCGGGGCACAAAGGCCCCCGCUCCGGCGCCGGCGCCCCGAGGUGACACGGUCGCUGCAUAUCAAGGGUCACGCGCGCUCAUAAUGAGAGAAAUGAUUUGAGUCAUCAUCGGGCUGUUGGCUGUAAUUUGCCCCGCAGCUACAGGCCUCUUUUCAAAUCUCACAAUAGCAGCAUGAAAUGGGAUAAUCUGCAUGAUAAUGUAACACCUGAAUCAAAUGAAACUGAAUAAUGAAACGGUGCUGCACAUCUUGAACCAAAUUAAAUUUGUGAGCGGUGUGCUCCUCUGUACAUAAAUACAUUAAAGUUGUAUUCUGUGCGUCCACA